UGUAUCGGAUUGAAUUGAGAGUUGAGUGAGGAGGGUGGGAGAAUUGUGUGAUGGCAUCCGCUAUGGUGAAAGGAGGAGGUUCUAGGCUCAUCAAAUCGGUGUCUGCAGCUCUUGGUACGAGGUUUUACGCCAAGGUUGCAACUGGCACUGACAUAGUCUCUGCCGCACCCAAUGUUUCUCUCCAGAAAGCUCGUACCUGGGACGAGGGUAUUGCUUCCAAGUUCUCCACCACUCCUCUCAAAGACAUCUUCAAGGACAAGAAGGUUGUCAUCUUUGGGCUACCAGGUGCAUACACAGGAGUUUGCUCUAACAAACAUGUUCCUCCUUACAAGGAGAAUAUUGAUAAGUUUAAGGCUAAGGGGAUAGAUUCUGUUAUUUGUGUGGCUGUUAAUGAUCCAUAUACCAUGAAUGCGUGGGCUGAGAAGCUUCAAGCCAAAGAGGCUAUUGAUUUUUAUGGGGACUUUGACGGGAGCUUUCACAAAAGUUUGGAUUUAGUUACUGAUCUCUCGGGUGCAUUGCUUGGAACUCGAUCUGAAAGGUGGUGGCAGCUGUACCUAACAGUUUCCGUGUAGAUGGUCAGCAUACGUGGUAGAUGGAAAGAUUAAGGCUCUCAAUGUUGAAGAAGCUCCAUCUGAUGUUAAGGUUUCUGGCGCAGAUACCAUUUUGGGACAGAUUUGAAGUUUCCGUUGGCUUGAAUGUAUGUAGUAAAUCCUCAAUAAAAUGCACCUAAUACUUUAUACUCCAGCUGAUUCAAUGUUGUGACUCGAGAGUUUUUGUCCGAGUUUUGGACUUGUUUCUGUUGUCAGCACUCCCUUCUUUCCGGAUGCAAGGUUAUUCGAUGAAGGAAGUUGACCCUUCUUUUUUUCUGGAUGAAGUCUCACUUUAUAUUUUAGAGCAUGUAAUUCCUUAUUUACAAAAUACAAUGUUGUUUUUUUGUCAC